AUAAAUAUCAUUGGAUUACCAACAGAGAGCUUGACACUGAUUCAAUUUUUAUUUGAAAAUAAGCAACACAUCGCUUAUGACAGUUCUGGGUGUAUCUGAAAAAGAGAAAGAUCUUUUUAGCUGAAUGUGCAUGGGCUGGUAUUGAAUAGUCUAAGGAUAACCAAGGAAAUUGGUCUUGCAACAAUCUAAUUAAGUCAAGGAGAUCCAAGUAAACCACAGGCCAAAGAAGCAGGGUAUUUCUCUUCAGCUACAUCGGAAUGAGCACGCUUAGCAACAAAUCGAUGAAUUCUACAGACUCGAGUGUCGUUCCUAGGUCAAUGCCAAAGGAAAUCAUCAUUUUCAUCGCCAUUUUAAUCGUAUUUGAAAUUCUGACGCUGAUAGGGAAUGGAUUUGUCGUUUAUCUAGUGGCCGUAAAAAGGAGACUUCAUACCAAUACUAAYUGGUUGGUAUUGUCACUAGCUGUAUCAGACCUCGCUGUUGCAUUAGCGAUCAUUCCUUCUAGAAUCGCGUGCUUCCGCCACGUGUGUGAUGUUAUUCUCAUGAAGAUUUUGUACGAUAUUUUCAUUUUUAUCUCACUGUGCAACUUAUGUUGUUUGACUCUUGAUCGAUUUAUUGCCGUGAUGCGGCCGCUGAAAUAUUAUUCUACAAUUACCUAUUCACUUGUCGUUAAGCUUAUCGUCGCAAGUUGGUUCAUCCCGACAAUCGUUUUCUGUAUCCCCCUGACAUGGACCUAUGGGUACGAAAAUGACAUCCUCCUCAGAAAAACAGCAGAUAAAAUCUUUUACAUGACACAGAUCAUUAUAUUCAUGUGUGUGCCGUGCCUUGUGAUGUUUGUUGCGUACGCAUUUAUUCUUAGCAUGGCAUUAAAGCAAGCAAAACGAAUCCAAUCGCUUCGACAAUCGGUUGUCGGAUGCGACUCGAACAGCAACAGUUAUUCCGCCGAAGCCAAGAAUACAAUCAAAGUAUUUGGUGUGGUAUACAUGAUGUUCGUUUUUUGUUGGAUCAUGUCUGCUUACCGAACUAUCAAAACUUUUUAUCACGAGGGAGGGGUCCAUGGGGAAGUCACACUCACAUCGAGGCUUCUGCUCGUGUUCAACAGCUGUGUUAACCCCAUCGUGUACGCUCUAUGGAAAAAAGACAUUCGAUCUGAACUCAAAAAACUAUUCAAAAUACGAAGUAGAAGGGACAAUAGACUCACCCUGGACAAUAGGGGGCCUGUGAACAACUCCUGUGACGUCACUCCUACCGAUGAUGUAUCGCUGUCAAGUAAUUUGAACCAAAAGACUGCUGACCGACAAAACUCUGACUUGAUGCCUGUAGAAAGCAAACUGUUGAAUCAACAAACAAACGAGGAAAAUUAAGAAGGAUUUUUAGUGAAACAAGAAAAACAAUUUUGUGUUGCUUUUCCAGCUGUUUUUACUUCUUUACUGUAGCUGUAAGUAUGAUGAAGGCCAAUAUAUAGUUACGAUUCCAUUUUACUAGUUUCUUAUAAGAAAAACUGCAGUAAUACCUCACUAGAACUGUUUUUGUGGAAUCUUUGGGAAAUUUAAGUGACAUUGCYAACUAAUGAUCGAACAACAUAAGAAACUACACUACAGCUUCAUAAAAUCAUACCUUAGUGUUAAUAGAAGCGCCGUAUAGAUGGCAGCCUGUUAAUUAACGAAUAAAAUAACUAAUGACGUAGCCAGCAGCGAGACCCAGUCCUACCCAUCCUGCAGCAAGGUAGACAUUGUCUUCGAUUGUCUUUCGAUCAGGAAGACGGCGACUGCGGCUCUUCCGAGGAAGACGCGUUGGCUUGUGAACACAAGAAGACCAUCAAAAUUAUUAAAUCAUUUCUCGAACAAAUGAAUGAAA